UCCCGGAUUACAGCCGCCUGCGCUCCGUGUCAAGAUGUGCUCUCUGGCCUUCGCCAGGUCUCUGGGUUUCGCCCUCAUCCCUCUCGCCACCUGCUGCAUCGUGGCAAACGUCCUGCUCUUCUUUCCCGAUGGAAAGAUCAACUUUGUUCAGGAUAAUCACGUGACCUUGUAUGUCUGGUACUUCAUGGGGAUCGGAGGAGGUGGUUUGGUGAUGCUGAUACCAGCCUGCACCUUUCUGGGAAUGGGGAAGUGUGUGGAUUCCUGUGGAACAGACAGCUGUGCGAUGUGCGGUUCUGUGUUUGCUGCUCUGGUGGGAUUAGCCGGAUCUGCAUACUGCUUCCUGAUCUCCGCUUUAGCGCUCUUUAAGGGGCCGUAUUGCUUCACUCAGAUGGGGUGGCUAUCUCCUUUUGACAGUGAUGGCGGAAGGUAUCUGUUUACUCGAGAGAGGUGGUCCGAAUGCAUUCAGCCGGCGCACAUUGUGGAGUGGAACGUGACUCUGCUGUCUAUCCUGCUGGGUCUCAGCACCUUGGAAUUCCUCGUCUGUUUCCUGCAGCUCGUCAGCGGACUGGUCAACGCAGUGUGCCGGCCAUGCUGCUACAAACAGGAGUACAGUCUAAACGCUUGAGAAUGGAGGAGCGCUUCCCGGCCUUAGUGAGAAACAGGACUACUCGUCUGCAGCAGAACCACCGGUUCAUCAAAGAGCCAACAGAUCUGUCAAUCACACACACUUCACAACGCCAUGAAACCGGGACAUUUCCACACUAGUUUUUUUUAGCAGUGCAUGUUUUCUGUAUAAAACAAACAUUUGUAUUGUACACUACCUGCAAUAUGCAUUUUGCUAAAAUAUAAAUGUAUUUUUGUAUGAGUUCUGUUCGUUUUGUACAGGAGGUUGUUUUGUAAAUUAUUUAAAUAUUGAGAGUCAUAGUAGUACAGACAAUUAAUGUUGUUUUAUAUACCUUUAAAAGCUGUUUUAAAUAUUCCCAUCAAUUAAUAAAUAGGUCUUGUUUUAGA